AUGGAUACGAAACUAAGUGACUUUAUAGGUGCCGAAAUAAAAACGUUUUACAGAGAAGCUCCAUGGGAACGUUUAAGAAUUCCUUUUAAACCAAUAUUUUCAUUUCAAAAGUCGAAUCUACCAAAGAAUGGUUCAUUUUCUACAGAAGGAAGGCAUCGCGAUUACAGUAAUGUCUGGAGAUUCUGGGAUAGUUUAACUCUUACGAUAUUUGACAUUCCUUCAGAAUGGAUGCAAGAAAAUGCCAACAAACUAUACAACCUCUGGAAGCCCCUUCAUAAAUAUGGCGAUAUAUCAUUUAUGAAAUUCAUAGAGCCUUCGGAAAAUGGGUUGACUACAACCGCAAUCGUUCGUUUCCUCCCUCCCCCAAGAGUACCCUUUUGGCAACCAUUCAACAAGAUCCGGAUCAAUGAUGUGAAUUUGAACGUUCGUGUAGACCCUUACGUUCAAAAUUCUUUGACGAAACAAUCUUCCUUUAGUGCAGUUGGUAGUCGGUACAAUAGUAUUGUCCAACUUCCAUUGUCUACCAUAACCGUUGGUCAAGCCUACCAUGAAAUGUUGGUUCCUCUGUUUGGGUAUGAAUCUGGAACGCCAUUACAUGACAUUUUCCUUUCGGUAAACUUCCAUAAUAAACGAUUUAUUAUAACCUUCAAAUUAACCAUGGAGGAUAUAACCGAUGAUUAUCGUUUAGAUUUUUAUUUCGACAAUGUCGUCGAUGAUAUAGGUAUUGAUGUUGAAAAUAGCCGCAUAAACUUAUCGUUCAAAUACAAAUUACCACCUGUGCUAUUUCGCAAAGAUGUUUUGGGAUCAGAAACCAAACUGAGGAAAGUAUGGAGCUCGUCAAAUCUUUGGCGUCGCCAGGUCGAUAUUUUGCCUUCUUCAAGGUGUACAAUCCCACCCAAGUCUCCCGUACAGUUAUUAAAUUCUGCUAGUUCUCCACUAGGAAGAUCCAACAUGGUUAUGUUUUCAUAUGACAUAAGAAAUAGUCAUUCUGAGGAAGCCAAUGCUAUUUUUUUAGGGGAGUUGGAAAAAUAUAAGUUAAAGAGCCGAAUGUGCAAAGUUACUACUUACUCUAUUAAUGAUUACUUCUCACGUUGUGCAUUAUUAUACAGAAAUACAAAUCUAUCUCAUACUGUAUUGUAUCUACUGGAAACAUGUCUUUCUCAACAUGUACUUUCCGAGAUUGAUUUACCGGUUCUUCUUGAUGGAUUGGGCAACCUCACAGAAGAGCAAGCAAUUGUUUUUCUAAAAAAUACUCUUGCUUCUCAGAAACCUUUACAUAACCCCACACGGGAAACAUUUACAAAACAAUUGGCUUUCUUCGAUCCUUUAAAGAGUUCUAGUAUGCGUAUUAAAAAGCUCUUUAUAACUCCAACAACCAUUCGAAUUGGGGAUGAUUCCAUUGAAGCAGGGAACCGUGUUUUGAGAAAGCAUGGCAAAUUCGCUGACAGAUUUAUGCGGGUACAGAUAUCUGAUGAAUUUACGAAAAGUAAAAUUUACUCGGAUAAUUCAAAUUGCGAGGCAGUGUUUGCGCGAGUGUAUCAAUUAUUGGAUAAGGGCGUUAAAGUUGGAAAUCGUGUUUAUGAAUUUCUGGCCUUUGGCAAUUCCCAACUAAGAGAACAUGGUGCCUUCUUUUUUGCUUCGACACCAGAUAAGAAUGUGGAACAAAUUCGUGAAGAUAUGGGUGAUUUCAGUGAGAUUAGUUCGGUCCCAAAAUAUGCAGCUAGGAUGGGUCAAUGUUUUUCCACUACCAAAGUCAUUAAGCAUUUUCCUGUGGAGAUUGCUUCUCGAAAUGAUAUAAUUAGAAACAGUAAUUGCUUUACUGAUGGGAUAGGUAUGGCUUCAUUUUCUGUUUUGCGCUGUCUUUCUGUUCAGUUUGAUAAUGAUGAUCUUCUUCCUUCAGCCUUUCAAUUUCGUAUGGGCGGUUAUAAAGGUGUAUUAAGUUUAGCCCCUCCAACUAAACUUGAAUAUCAUCAAGGAAAUUUGGUUUUUCCUCGUCCAAGUCAAGAUAAAUUUAAGUCACCUCAUGAGGACUUGGAGGUGAUUAAAGUUUCUCGCUUUUCGAAUACUUGUUUGAACAUGCAACUCAUCACUUUAAUGCAAGGUUUGGGUGUCAAAAAAAAUAUUUUUCUUACAAUGGCUAAGAACCAGUUAUCAGAAUUAAAUAGUGCCAUGACAAAUAAGCAAAAAUGCAUUGUUAUGUUGAGGGAUAAUGUCGAUGAAAAUCGGUCGACUCUCACUAUGGCCGACCUCAUACAAUCUGGGUUUUUGGAAAGAAAUGAUGUUUUUACAAAGAAUCUUCUCAAUCUUUACUAUGAAUGGACUCUUAAAUCGAUGAAAGAAAAGCAGAGACUUAAUGUAUCCAACGGAGCCUAUUUGUUAGGUGUAGCCGAUGAAACAGGAUCUCUCAAAGGUCAUUGUGAUGAUGCGGUUCUUUCAAUCCCUGAGAUUUUUGUUCAGGUUACAAACAACCAUUCAGAAGCCGAAGCCUUUUCUAAUAAGCGAACACGAACAACCAUUAUAAAAGGCCUUUGUGUUGUAGCAAGAAACCCAUCUUUGCAUCCUGGAGACAUCCGUAUUUGUCGUGCUGUGAAUUGUAGUGAGUUAGGGCACCUAAAAAACGUCGUUGUUUUUCCCACAACAGGUGAUAGAAGUGUUCCUGCGAUGUGCUCCGGUGGUGAUUUAGAUGGAGACGAGUACACUGUAAUAUGGGAACCUAGUCUUAUACCUAAGAGAGUAAAUUAUCCUCCACUUUUAGAAGCGACGCCUAAACGUGCAGCUAAAUUUCUGGAAGCAAGCCCUACCAUUGACUCAGUAAAGGCAUUUUUUAUCUAUUAUAUGAAAAAUGACAAUUUAGGAGUGAUAUCUAACGCUUGGAAAGCAUGGGCCCACGAUAGCUUCAACAAUCCUGACGGAAUUUAUGGCCAAACCUGUUUAAGACUAGCAGCCUUACAUUCCCAAGCUGUUGAUUUCCCUAAAUCCGGUGUCGCUUGUAGUAUGCCCAAAGAACUAAGACCUAAGCAAUACCCGGAUUUUAUGCGAAAGCAGCGAUCCAAAACAUUUAAAGCCCAAACGGCGGUGGGAAGGAUUUUUCAAUAUACUGUUAAGUUUCAAAAACAAAAUGAAGCUAAUCGGAGGUUUGAUCCAAAAAUGGAAAUGGUUUAUGAUGAUCGAAUGAAACUACCGAAAUACAAAUCAGAAUACAGACAGAUCGCCGAAGAAGUCAAAGAACGCUAUGAUUUUGACAUGAAGGCAUUGAUGAAUCGACAUGAUAUAGCCUCAGAAUAUGAAGUUUACACUGCUUUUAUACUGUUUAAUGAAGAAAUGAAAGCAUCCAUCAACGAAUUUGGAGUUCGCGAGGAAAUUAUGUUACAAUUUAACAGUAUAAAGAAAUGCUAUAUUACUGAAUACCUUGAGAAAUGUGGACUUUCCAAUAACCCUUCUGACCAAGAUACAAAGGAGCGAAUUGACAGUGCUGUGGCAGUUGCAUACGACAUAACGUACGAACAGAGAUCACGUUCUUUUGAAAGCGGAAACGAGUUACCAUUAAUUUCCUUUCCUUACAUCUUCGUCGAUGUACUUUGUCGCAUCGCUCAUUUUGUCGCUGUAAGCAAUUAA